AUGGCUUCAAGACAACCAGAAGUGCCUGCUCUUGAGCCUAGUGGGCCUCUAGGCAAGAUGUCCCUGCCCAUCGGGAUGUACCGCCGGGCAUUCAGCUAUGAUGAUGCCCUCGAGGACCCUACGCCCAUGACUCCUCCUCCAUCGGACAUGGGCAGCAUCCCCUGGAAGCCAGUGAUUCCAGAGCGCAAGUAUCAGCACCUCGCCAAGGUGGAGGAGGGAGAGCCCGGCGUCUCCCCGCCGGCGGCCAGCGACAGUGAGAAGGCCCCUGUGGUGAAGGCCAAAGCUACCCACGUCAUCAUGAGCUCUUUGAUCACAAAACAGACCCAGGAGAACAUUCAGCGUUUUGAGCAACAGGCAGGGCUGCGAGAUGCUGGCUACACCCCUCACAAGGGCCUCACCACUGAGGAGACCAAGUACCUUCGAGUGGCAGAAGCACUCCACAAACUAAAGCUCCAGAGUGGAGAGACAGCAAGAGAGGAGAGGCAGCCAGCCUCCACGCAGUCCACCCCGAGCAGCAGUCCCCAGGCCUCUCCUAAGCAGAAGACCAGAGGCUGGUUCACUUCUGGUUCUUCCACAGCCUUACCUGGCCCCAGUCUUAGCACCAUGGAUUCUGGAAGCGGGGAUAAAGACAGAAGCUCGACCGAUAAAUGGAGCCUCUUUGGACCAAGAUCGCUCCAGAAGUCUGAGUCAGGAGGCUUUGCCAUCCAAGCCUACCGAGGAGCUCAGAAGCCUUCUCCAAUGGAAGUGAUGCGCGCACAAGCCGCCCGAAGGGUGGAGGAGCCAGCAGCGUCCAAGCCGCCCAAGAUGGACAUCCCAGCGACGGAAGGGACGAGACAGCUGCCGCGGGCCCACAGCCUCAAGCCCCGCGACCUGAAUGUUCUCACACCCACUGGCUUCUAG